CACACAGUACUCACACUGGUCUUUGUCUGUCGCCUUCCAUGCAUGAAUUCCUGUAAAUUUUAUCUCAAGGCCACCAAAGAGAUAAACAUCCCACUCACUUAACUCACCGCCAAAACUCCACCCAACUCCCUGAAUUCCCCUGCUCUAUAAAAAAUCACACUCCUCUGCUACUUUCCCUUCUCAUCAUAUCAUCAAUCACCAACUCUCUCUUUAAUCUCUUCAAUUCAACACAAAAAUGGCCCUCAAAACCGUUCCUUCUCUCCUUUCUCUCUUCGCCAUCCUUCUCGCCAUAACCACCGAAACAGCCAUAGCGGGACGAAAUGUCCCCAACCAUGACUCGAAGAAAGAGGAGGUGAAACAUCCAGAUUGGCUGUUUGACCACCACGAUGGAAGCUUUCUCAUUCCAGGCAUUGGGCGUGUAAUGGUGCCACCGGUCUUUGGCGGCGGCUCUAGUCCUCACACUCCAUAUACGGGCAACAUAGGUGGUGGAUCGGGAGCGGGAGCGCGACAUACUUAUGUGCCUGGUGCAGAUGACACAUUCGUCCCUAACCCUGGUUUUGAGGUCCCCAUUCCUGGCAGUGGUCGCGGUGCUCCUAAUUCUGCACGUCCUUGAGUUCAAUUAAUUUGUGUUAAAAAUUCUAGUAGUGGUUGGGUUAAGUUAGGUACCUUGUGGAAUAAGUAACAAAGCUAUAUUUAUCUUUGGGAAACUGGCAAAGCUUAAUUCAGUGUGCGUUUUAGAUAUAUUAGACAUAUAUAUAUAUAUAUAUAUAUAUAUAGAGAGAGAGAGAGAGAGAGGUUACCGUAGCCUCUCCUAUAUAUAUAUAUAUAUAUAUAUAUAUAUUAUAUUAUAUAAUAUACGUGGGUUUAUGUAGCGGAUUCAUAAUAUUAUGCUGCUUUUCUCUUAAGAAAUAAAAUGGUGUUUCCUUUUUAUUC